AUGAAGCAAAAUUCGAAACGACGAAGACGUGGUCGAAGCGGGAAAGAAGACAAUGGCGGAGAUAACGAUGAUGGUCAUCGUUCCGUGCUUAUUAAAGCAAGUGAGGAGAAUGCAUCUAAUUGGUAUGAUAUUGGACGCGAACUGCCAGAUAGGGACACCACUAUCGCUUCCGAUCCUCCGCAACCGUAUCACCAAGACAACAAGAAAAUAGUCUCGAAAUAUCGCUCUCUCGCUGAUAGUAUUUUUCAAAAGGAGCUACAUGCGUCAAACAAAUCACCAUUUCAGAGCUCCGAUGAACGCUGGGUCGAAAAUACGAUGAAGAAAGGAACAUUGAAGGAUAGGAUCGCUGCCAUUAGUGUUACUGUGAGCACAGAUCCGAUUCACAAGCUUACUUCUUUGGAUGGCCUUCUUUCAAUGGCAGGAUGCGCAGAAACUGGGGGGAAAACAAAUUCUCGUGUUGCACAGUUAGCAUCCGAGGCUCUAGAGGAUCUUUUUGCUAAUACACUACUGCCAAAGGACCGCAAGUUGAUAUCUUUGGACCAGAGACCUCUUUAUCUCUAUGAACCAAGCAAGGAUGGAAAAUCAAGUGGAAAAACGUUGUCUCCUCGUAUUCUUUUGCUGUGGGCGCUGGAGGAAUCGAUCAAAUCAAAGUAUCAAGUCUUCUUGGGCAAGUAUCUUGUCAGAACCUUGAAAGAAGGUCUAGAAAUCCACAAAAUUGCUGCCUUGAAGUCUGCAUCUGCACUACUUUGCACUAUUCCUGAGGGUGAACACCAGCUCCUUGCAAUGAUUGUUAACAAGUUGGGUGACCCGGGGAAGAAGACCUCGGCUUCAGCCGGACAUCAGCUUAGAAUGAUUUUACAGAAACAUCCUAAUAUGCAGGAGGUGAUUGCUAGAGAAGUUCAGCAACUCGCUCACCGGUCGCACUUAUCUGCAAGAGCUUUGUAUAACUGCGUUGUUUUUCUGAAUCAGCUCAAGCUUGAAAAAAGCGAUGAAACUUCCAAUCUUCCGGCAUCCCUCAUCAGAACAUAUUUUCGCCUAUUCGAAGUUGCAGUGAGGGACAAAGAUCCAGGAAGAAAGGACUGCGAUGAAAAAGGCAUGAACAGCCGUCUUUUAUCUGCGUUGUUAUCGGGAGUAAACCGGGCACGCCCCUACCUUCCACAGAAGAAUCAGGCCAUGGAAGCACACGUGGAUUCGUUGUAUCGAGUUGUUCAUGCUGCAACUCCUUCGGCUUCAACACAGGCCCUCAUGUUGCUCUACCAUCUUGUUAUUGGCGCAAGGUCGGAUGAUUCAAAGACUGAAGCCCCUAAUGCAGACGGCGCUCGGCGAAACAGAUUUUAUCGAGCGCUAUACGCUUCCCUAUCGAAGCUGUCACACAUUUCUCAUGGAAAGCACUCCACAAUGUUUUUUAAUUUGCUUUAUCGUGCUAUGAAAUCUGAUGACGAUGAUAGCCGUGUCAAUGCAUGUGCCAAGAGACUCAUGUCAACAGCGCUGCAUGCGAAUGCAGCAACGGUAGCUGGAAGUGUCUUCCUCUUAAAUGAAAUUGCAAUGUCCAAGCCCAGUCUACGCGUGUGUUUGGAAACUGUUCCAAUUGGUCGCAACUGUCUCUUGGUUCUAGACGAUUCGAAACGCGAACCUUCGUCUGCGCUUGUUGCGUCGAAUAAUGGAAACGCGGAGACAAGAGAAACAGGACAAAGUGUUGGAGAAACUAUGUCCCCUCCCUUAUGGGAGUUAUGUCUAGUUUCUCAGCACUUUCACCCGUCAGUAUCGAAGUUUGGAAGUACAAUUGGAGACAUUUCGUAUGCAGGGGAUCCGUUGCGGGAUUUUGGGUUGGCUCCUUUCCUAGACAAGUUUUCUUACCGAAAUCCCAAGUCGAAUAAAAAAGUGUCUGAUCGUUACGAUCGACGAAGGAGCAUUGCUGAAAGAAGAAGUGGAAUGAAAUUGCAGAUACAAUCACGCCUUGAGCUACCGGUCAAUGAUCCACAGUUUUUGGAGCAAGAAGGCGUUAGUGAGCAGGACGAGUUUUUCUUGAAAUUCUUCUCUGAAAGAGCAAGACGAGAUGAGAUCAAAGGUAUCAAGAGACAGUUAGAGUCCAGCGAAACAGAUGAUGAAGAAGAUCCGGUCGAGGAGACAGGCAAUGUCGACCUUUCAACAAAAUCGUUUGCAGAGCUCGAGCAGGCUUGGGAGACCGAUUCGGAAGAAGAGGCUUUCGCUGAUUCUCUUGCUGAACAAUUAAUCGAAAGUGUAGCAGACAGCAACGGCAACUUCGAUGACGAAGAUCCAGGCAUGAGCGACUGGAGUGAUUUUGAUGGGGAACAGGGACAAGCUGCAAGUGUCAACUCAUCUGAUGACGACGACUUCUUGGAUAUAGUCAGCGACAGCGACAGUGACGCGUCAAUGAGAAAUCGACUUGAUUCUUCUAUCGUUUUUGUAGAUGCGGAAGAAUACGAAAACCAAUAUGCCAAUUCUGAACACGUGUCCCGAAAGAAAAGAAAAACAAAGGUGACCAAUUAA